AUGAAAUCCACACUUUAUACGAAGGUCCAUUUCCUGUACCAGGGGAAGUGCGAGUGCCGUUUCCUCAACGGGACGCGGCGGGUGCGAUACCUGCAGCGCUACAUCUACGACCGGCAGGAGUAUCUCCGCUUCGACAGCGACCGCGGGGAGUUCGAGGCCGUCACGGCGUUGGGGAAGGUGACUGCCCAGGCUUGGAACAGGGAUAAGCACAAGCUACAGUACCGGAAGGCCAAAGUGAAUCGCUUCUGCCAAAACAACUACGAGGCUUUCCAGGGCAGCCCCAUGAUUGGCCGGAGAG